AUGGCAUCCUUCCUGGCCCUUCGCAUGGCGCUUCUGCUCAUCUCUGGGGUCCUGGCCCCUGCGGUGCUCACAGCCGAGGGUCCGCAGGAGCCUGAUCCCACACUGUGGAACGAACCCGCCGAGCUGCCGGAGCUGCCGUCAGGAGAAGGUCCCAUGGAGAGUACCAGCCCCGGCCAGGAGCCUGCGCUCACCGCUGCACCAGCUCCCACCUCUGCGCCGGGCCCCGAGGACAGCACGUCGCGGGAGCGGCUGGACCAGGGCGGCGGCUCGCUGGGGCCCGGUGCCAUCGCAGCCAUCGUGAUCGCCGCCCUGCUGGCCACCUGCGUGGUGCUGGCGCUGGUGGUCGUCGCGCUGAGAAAGUUUUCCACCUCCUGAAGCAAAUAAAUGAG